GCUGCGCUAGAAACCCUAGAAUGUGUUUUCUCCUUCGCCCACGAAUCAAACCUGCACAUAGUUAAGAGACUGAGCCUUAGUACGUGUGUUUGAAGUUUGGUGAGAUGGGGAAGAAGAAGAAAAGAGUAUCAUCAGAUGUAUGGUGUUAUUAUUGUGACAGAGAAUUCGAUGAUGAGAAGAUCUUGGUUCAGCACCAGAAGGCUAAGCAUUUCAAGUGCCAUGUCUGCCAUAAGAAGCUUUCAACUGCAGGCGGUAUGGCCAUCCAUGUUCUGCAGGUCCAUAAAGAGACUGUUUCCAAGGUUCCAAAUGCUAAAGAUGGCAGAGAAUCAACAGAUAUUGAAAUUUAUGGCAUGCAGGGGAUCCCACCUGACGUCUUGGCAGCUCAUUACGGAGAGGAAGACAAUGACAACCCAACAAAAGUUGGAAAAGUGGAGAUUCCUUCUUCCCAAGUUGGCAUGAUACCAGGAUCAUUAGGAUAUCCUCCAUCAACAUUGCAGUCUAUCAGAUACAAUGCUGGAUUACCUGUCCCUCGUGCUGGUUGGCCAGUACCACCUCGCCCACAGCCAUGGUUCUCGCAGAAUCCAGCUGGCUCAGUUCCUCCUCCUGCACCUUUAGGAAUGGUACAGCAGCCAUUGUUCCCUGUUCAAACUAUGCGGCCUCCUAUCUCAUCGACUGCACCACCAGGGCUUCAAUCAUCAUUUCCAGUUGCUCCUCCUGGAUUGCCGGCAUCCACACCUUCUGUUCUUGUAUCUCAGCCUUUAUUUCCUGUUGUAGCUAGUAAUGGCAUGCCUUCACAAAGUUCAGCAUAUUCUGCUCCUACUCUCUCAACAAGCAUUCCAUUAAGCUCCCCUUCAGAUUUGAAGAACACAAUGGAUCCACAUUCAAUUGUCAAUAUUAACAUGCCAAGGGGCUACCAUACCCCAGGGUUCCAAGGUGGAAUAGCAAUUAGUUCACAUUCUUAUGCUUCUGGCCCCAAUACUGGUGGUCCCUCAAUUGGACCGCCUCCAGUAAUUGCAAAUAAAGCUCCUGUUAUUCAACCAGCAACAAAUGAGGUCUACUUAGUAUGGGAUGAUGAAGCGAUGUCCAUGGAGGAAAGAAGAAUGUCUUUACCAAAGUAUCAGGUGCAUGAUGAAACAAGCCAGGUCAGCUUCUUCUGGAAAAUUCCGAUAGAUAGAAGCAAAGCUCUAGUAUUGAAAUAUGAGCUCGAUUGAUGCAGCCAUUGAUAGGAGGAUAUCAGAAGGCAGGCUUGCUGGUCGAAUGGCUUUCUAGAGACGGUCGUUUUGGUCGUUUGAAGAAGAGAGGCAUUCUUUGAAUCAUUCUAGCUAUAGGUAGAAAGGAUGGAAUUUGCAAUUUGUGCUUUCUUUCUUAAUGUUAUUAUUGAAAGGAGGGGGGGUGGGGGAAUGUCUUUGUGGAGUUUGUAUUAGUCUCUGCUUGUGUGGAUGAAGAAGAACUAGGGACAGAUGAUGUCUGAUUCAAGUUUUAGUUAUGUUUUGGGAAUUUGUGGUUGGUGUUUGGAAUGGGUAUGAGAUGCAUGUCUUCACUUAAUUCUUUUUUAUAUUCAUGAUGCAAAUUUACAAUGUA